AUGUGUCACGUGAUUAGGAUGACAAAACUGAAAGGUCAACACAUGCUAUGCCUCAGGCUAGGCUCAACAUGAAGGCUACGAUUGUACUACUUUGGAGUUUGGCAGUCUGUGUGUGUACAAGCUUCCCAUCAGUGAAAGCUGAUUUUGUAUUAACAGUCAAUUUUAUCAACUACACCAACCCAACCGGACUGUGUGCUGAAUGUGCUAUUCCACUGAGUGAUGUAGCAAGUGCUGACCAGCUACCACCACCAGUGUGCUGUGAUGAUCAACCAUUCAGAAACACUAACUGUGACAACACAGGAGAGGGGAGAUGUGACACCAGGUUCCGUUGGACCAUCAGACGAUUCGGUGCAUCACUAGAGACAAGACCUGUUCCUAUACUCAAUGCUGAAAACCCUCCCUACUUCUUCACAGACUGUUCAAUGUCUUCCAGCACUUGCCCAUUCAGUGAAAUGGGCACAACAUUCGGUCAAGGUCUAACAGCACUACUGGGAGUAACACCCAAUCCUCUACCUGUUUCAAAAACAGAUUUUACCACGUGGACGGGAUGGCUACAGUUCUUCAUUGAAGCCAUUGAUAGUGGACUCCCAAACAUAAUAGAUAGUCUGUUGAUUGACCUGGACAACCUCCAACUUGGAGCAGACUUCACAGAGGAGAUGACGUUUACUGGAUUCCACAACAUAUCUCACAUGACCAUGAGUUUCAGAGUCGAGUGCUCUCCUGGUUUCUGUGGACCUGACUGUAGCACACCUCAGAACAAUCUACGAGUGGCGACAUGUCAAGCUGAUGGCACUGCAACGUGUACCGAUAAUCGAUUAGACCCUUCCCCUCUUGUAGCCUGCAACGACUGCCUCUACAACCUGGAUAUUACUACUGGCUGUUCCACUUGUGUACAGACCAACUAUGACCCAGCCACCAAUUGCACAGCCUGCCUUCCUGGAUACGAUAUUGACAAAAGCUGCUCAACAUGUAUCAACACAAACUAUGAUCCUGAUACAAAUUGCUCUACAUGCAUUAUAGGUACAAGAUAUGAUCCAUUGACCAACUGUGCAUCAUGUGUCGACGUAAACUUCAAUCCUUCCGAUGGUUGUACAUCAUGUUUAUUGGAAUUCUAUGAUUUACAGACAAACUGCACACAGUGUCUACCCAACAGAGAUCCCUCUACCAACUGCAUCCAGUGUUUACCAGGCUGGGACAUCACCUCGGACUGUACUAGUUGCCUACCCAACAGAGACCCAGUCACCAACUGCUCCCUCUGCCUACAACCAGACAGGUUCACUGAUACAGACUGCAGUGUGUGUGCUCUACCAGGAGGGGACCCAGCAACACUUUGUCAAACAUGCUUGGAUAACUUCAAUCCUACCUGCACUGAGUGUGUGGCUAACUACGAUCUGAACAUUAAAUGCUCAAGCUGUCUGUUUGGCUAUGAUAUUAUCCGUGACUGUGCAGUGUGUCUAUCUGGACGAAACAUAUCCACAAGAUGUACCACCUGUCUGUCUGGAUUCACUGGCAGUAACUGUGAACCUGUACUAAUUACAGACUCUUCACUAAGUGUGGGAGUGGUGGGUAGUAUCGCUGGAGGAGUGGGUGGAGUUUUGUUGCUCAUCAUUCUAGUAAUGGCCGUGCUCCUCAUCCUACUUACAGUCCGUAUCAGAAAGAGUGGUAACCAAGACAUCAGUACUGCCACUACUACAGAUAAAGAAGUUAUAGAAGUUAUGGAAAUGAAUCAAAAUCCCGUGUACAGUAUGGGUACAACUGAAACACCAACUACGGACCAUGAAGCUAACCACACCCAUCAGUACGAGACUGUGGACACACCCAUUGAAAUUAAUCAGAACCCUGUGUACAGUGCAACCAAUGGUACUAAUAUUGAAGCUGACUACUAUGAGAACGAUGGUCUGGGCCGAACAAGAAAUGAGCAGCAACCGGAAUACGAUUAUAUUCAAGUGUGAAACUACAUUCACAACCUUGAGCUAUGUACACAGACACGAGAACAAACACGUUAACUGUCAUUAUGAUUACUAUAAUUAUUGGCUAUAUUAUAUACUGGGGGUCUACGUUCAACAUGAGUAUGCUCUG